AUGGCCGACAGCGCACCGGCCACUCCACUCGGCGUACGUCGAGCACCCACAGCUCGCUCCACUCCGACCCCGCGCCACCUCAAGCGCCUCUCGCUCUCGUCGUCCCGGUCGUCGCCCGCGGCAGGGCACCUCGUCGACGCCCACCACCUCCCGACCGCCGACGACCGCACCCCGUCCUCGUCCUCGUCCUCCACCUCGCCGAACUUACUCCGCCGCUCGACCUCGUACCGCACCUCGACCCCCUCGUCAUCCUCCUUCGAUCCGCCGCCGAACGCGACUACCGGCACGCCCGCUCCCGCUCCUUCUUCUGGCGACAGCCACAGCGCCGCCUCGCCCGCGUCGUCCCUCGGCAGGUCCCACACCCGACGCGGCGCGAGCGUGAGCUACACGGCCUCGGGCGCGGGCUCGGGCGGGCGCGCGUCGCUCGACGGGCUCGCCCUGAGCGGUGUCGGCGGCAGCAGUCCAGCGGCGACGUCGAGGGGCUCGCUCGACGGCGCGAGGGGCUCGGGCGAGGGACCCGGGCUGUCGUCGUCGCGCAGCCGGGGCGCAUCCGCCUCGUCGUCGUCGUCCGACCCGACGGCGUCGAGCUUGAGCGCGAGCGCGAGCGAGCCGACGCAGCCGACGCCCCAGCUGCAACAGCAGCAGCCGCAGCCGCAGCAACAGCCGACGCUCGUCGAGCAGAACGCCGACCUCCUGAGCUUUAUCGCCAAGAAGGAGCGCAAGUGCCUCGACCUGCGCGAGGAGCUCAAGCGCCACGAGUCGGAGCUCGCGCACCUCAAGCGCAAGUGGGAGUCGAUCGUCGCGCGCUCGCUCCAGCAGCAGCACGUCGUCGACGCCCAGUCGUCGCCCGUCCUCAGCCGCGACCGCGACCGCGACCGCGUCACGUCGUCCGCCUCGUUGUCGUCGAGCAAGACGCACGCGCCGCACCCGCACGCCGGCUCGGGCUCGUCGCCCAACACGAGCCCGACGCCGCGCUCGCACCGCGCGCUGCACUCGACGCACUCGCUCGACCUGUCGCUCCUCGGCUCGACGUUCGACGACCCGCCCCUGUCGUCCCUGUCGUCGGGCGUCCCGGGCGCCGAGCACGACGCGCCGCAGCCGCCGCUCGAGAUCCCCGAGUCGGUCAAGGCGGCGGGGACUUGGCUCGGCGAUGCGCUCGGACGGGUGCUCGAGGCGGCGGUUGGGAUGCCGCCGCCGACGAGCGAGGGAGAGGGCGAGGGAGAGGUGCAGGUGGAGGUCAAGGGGCUCGGGAUCGUCGAGGAAGAGGACGAGGAGGGCGAGGAGGGCGAGGGCGAGGGCGAGGGAGCGGGCGAGGAGGAGGGGAGGGGAGGGCGCGGGGCGGGCAAGGGCGAGGAGCGUCCGCUCGGCGGGUGGGAGGCGUCGACGGCGGCGGCAGCGGCGGCGCACCCGUCGGACGGCUCCUCGUCCGCCCCUCGAGCGGCAGCCGCAGCAGCUGCCGACCCUACGUCGCCGGCCCUCGCGCGACCACGCUCGCCGCUCCGGACCAGGCCGACGCCCGUGCGCUCGACGUCGCCCAGCACGACGCGGCAGCACCUCUUUACGCCGCCGCACGCCUCGUCCUCGUCCUCUUCCCACUCCCCGGCCUCGCCCUCGCUCUCCCUUUCUGCCCGCACACCACCACCCAGCAGCAGCAGCACCCUGUCGCACUCGCGCUCGCGCUCGACAGCGCUCGACGCCCUCUCGGGCGGGUGGUCGAGCCUCAACCGCAAGUGGACCCAGCUGUCCGAGUCGGACACGGUGCGCAACACGCGCCGCGCGACCCUCGGCCUCGUCGACACGUUCGAGCAGGGCUUGGCGCAGGCCCUCGGCCCGUUGGAGCCCCCGACGCUGUCGCCGAGGUUGGGCGAGGGCGGCGGCGAGGGCGGCAUGGGCGGCGAGCAGGGGAGCGCGCACGCCCACGCCCAUGCGCACGCGCACGCGCAGCGCGAGGGAGAGCGCCCCUCGUCGUCGUCGUCGACGUCGAGCGCUCCCGCCGCCGCCGCCGCACCACCUCGCACCUCGCCCUCAUCGUCGUCGUCGUCGUCGACGACCGCCGCCGCCGCCGCCGCGCGCCUCCCGAGCGCCGUUCCGGGCCAAGGGCUCUCGAGCGUCUUUGCGAGCUUCGGCAGCAGCGGCGGCGGCGGCGGCGGUGGCGGUGGCAGUGCGCGCAGCCCACAGCUCGGCUCGUCGGCGGGCGAGCGCGCGCCGCAGGGCCAGAGCCAGGGGCACGGGCACGGGCAGGGCGCGGCGCCGCCGAGCUGGGACUGGAGCGCGUUCCUGCCCGGGUCGGCGUCGAGCGAGGGGCUCGAUGAGCGGGCGGCGCAGGUGCAGCAGGCGCAGGCGCAGGACAAGGGGCAGAGGGGGAAGAGGACGUCGGUUGGGUCGGACGGCCUGAGCGACUGGCCUGGGUGGUGACCGGCCGCGCGCGGUCGUCGCUCGCUCGUCCUCCUGCUCGAGAGGAGCCGGUGUACACGUGUUCCUCCCCUCUCUCUCGUCCUGUCUGUCGUGCCAUCUUCCUCGCCCCUUUGUUUUUAUCCCCGCGCCGACCUCUCUCUCUCUCGGCGUCUCUGUCUCCCUCACAUUGCCGUAAAGGACCCCUUGCACGGCGUUCU